ACUAUGAGAUAAAACAGUUGAUCGUUUCACUUCAUCAUCAUCGCCUGUCCAUCAAUUUCUCUUUCAACCCUUCAUUCCACAUAUCACAGUUGCAGAAAAAAUUCCAUUCCCAAAAAACGAUGCUAUCGACACUCCAACCGCCGCGCUCGCUUUCCCACUUCCGCACAAACCCCAACCUCCUCCUCCGCUACACCUCCCUUAAACCCCUCUCCUCCUUAUCCUCACAGCCCGUCACCCACUCCACCCUAACAGACCAACCCCGCUCCCCAAACCUACUUCCCCACUCCCAAAUCCUCUCCACCCGCCACUCCCUCCUCUCCCGCCACCUCACCGCCGCCCAACUCGCCGACUCCUUCCUCGCCCGCCUCCGCCUCACCGAGCCCCACCUCCGCUCCUUCCUCCACGUCUCCGACUCGGUCCUCGCUCAAGCCCGCGAGCUCGACGAGAAGAUUCAGAGGAAUGAGGAGUUGGGUCCCCUGGCGGGGGUCCUUGUCGCCGUCAAGGACAAUAUCUGCACGGCUGAGAUGCCGUCAACCGCUGGGUCUCGUGUUCUGGAGGGCUAUACGCCGCCGUACGACGCCACUGCCGUCAGGAAGAUUAAAGAGCUGGGUGGGAUUGUGGUGGGAAAGACCAAUUUGGAUGAGUUUGGCAUGGGUAGCACCACUGAAGGCUCUGCAUUUCAGGUGACUGCGAACCCGUGGGAUGUUUCUCGGGUGCCAGGAGGUUCAUCGGGAGGCUCCGCUGCAGCUGUGUCUGCUAGGCAGUGCAUGGUAUCCUUGGGAAGUGAUACUGGCGGAAGUGUGAGGCAGCCCGCAUCUUUUUGUGGUGUUGUUGGAUUGAAGCCCACGUAUGGGCGUGUCUCAAGAUUCGGACUUAUGGCAUAUGCGUCGUCGCUUGAUGUUAUUGGCUGCUUUGGUACGUCUGUUGCUGAUGCCGGGAUUCUUCUUCAGACAAUUUCUGGUUAUGAUAGACUUGAUGCAACCAGCAGCAAGCGUGAGGUUCCCGACCUUGCAGCUGAAUUUGUUUCCAUAAGUUCGCCAAAUUCUAAACCUCUUAAAGGAUUGAGAAUUGGUCUGAUCCGGGAAACACUGGAUGGUGGUGUUGAUACUGGAGUAACUUCUGCAGUUCGUAAUGCUGCUUUGCAUCUUGAAGAAUUAGGAUGUUCCGUAACUGAGGUCUCAUUACCAUCUUUCUCACUUGGUUUGCCAGCCUAUUACAUUCUUGCUUCAUCUGAGUCGUCUUCAAACUUAUCACGUUAUGAUGGUGUCAGGUAUGGAAACCAUGUUGCUGCUGAUGAGUUGAACUCACAAUAUAAGGAUUCCCGAGCCAAGGGUUUUGGUUCUGAGGUUAAAAGGAGAAUUCUAACGGGAACAUAUGCCCUUUCGGCUGGUUAUUAUGAUGCAUAUUAUAAGCGCGCCCAGCAGGUGAGGACUAUAAUUCGGAAAAGCUUCAAGGCAGCACUAGAUGAAAAUGACAUCUUAAUUUCACCUGCGGCUCCAUCUGCUGCUUAUAAGAUUGGUGAAAAGAAUAACGAUCCUUUAGCAAUGUAUGCAGGUGACAUAAUGACAGUCAAUGUUAACUUGGCAGGUCUACCUGCACUGGUUUUGCCAUGUGGAUUUGUUGAGGGGGGUUCUGCAGGCCUUCCUGUUGGUCUUCAAAUGAUCGGUGCAGCAUUUGACGAGGGAAAGUUGCUUAAGGUGGGUCAUAUAUUUGAGCAGACUCUGCAGAAUUGCAAUUUUGUUCCUCCAUUGAUAGCAGAGGAGCUCACAUCCUAGCUACUCCCGGGAUCAAUGUCGAUGUGCUCAACCGAAAGUGGUUUUGGAAAUGUAAUCGAUUAGUUAGAAUUGAUCAGAACCUGACUGGUUUGGUUUAAUUUAGACCGUAAUUGUUAAUUAAACCGGUCGUAUUAGUAAUGAUUUUUGGUGAUCUGUUUACAAUAUAAAUGAGGAAAGUUAUGAGUUUGCAACAA